AUGCCUUCCUUUGCGCGUUUGGCCACCUGUUCGGCCCUUGUUUUGCAUGGUUGCAGUGAAGCUGCCCUAUGCAGAUCGCCGAAUGCUGGCCAGGUGCUGAUGCAGGUGGCAGUCAUGAACUUGAGCCGGGCGAUCCAGGAAGGCAAACCUCAUCCAGAGGACAGGCUGCGGAGGGGCGAGAACGACCUUGUCUCCUUCCUGCCCUGUGGUCAAAGCUUUGUACUGAACGAGUCCUUUGACAUGAAUGCGCAGUGCCCGCCGAGCUGCCCAUACCAUGCCUUAGACCAGCGGGGUUUGCCGUGUACUGCCACCUGCGCAACCUCCUCUCAGUGCCGAGUCUUCAACCCAGACGCCCCGGUGGCAGACAUUGUGACGGGAAGCUGCCGUGGCGCAUUGGUGGAUGGUUGCUACCGGCCAAAGCUCGACGGCACAGACACUUGCGCGGAGUGUGCUUCUUGGUUUCAGCUCACCGACGGCAAAUGUCGGGCGCGGUACUUGUGGGUGGCCUACCUUGUGCUGGGGCUGCUGUGCUGCCUGGUGCUGCUGCUGCUGGCCUACCUGGUAGAGCUGCACUGGCGGCCGGUGACCAACCUUUGCGGCCUGGAGCACGCGCUGGCGGCCCGGUCGCGCUCGAAGUAUCGGGUCUCCAGCGAGUUGGGCCGGGAGUUGUGGCCGCUGACCACGAACCUCUGCCGCACCUCGGUGGGGGGACCCGGGCUGUUGCUCCACUUCAACUUCCUGGCGGUGGUCGUGAUUUGGGCAGCGGCUGUGGGGCUGGGCUGGCUCGUGCUUGGCUAUGCCGUAGAUACGGAGCUCCUCAUCCUCGGCCGAAAGCAGUAUGGCACCGCCUACAGGAAUUGUGUGCUGGUGGCUUGGGGCUACACCACGCAGCAAAGGCUCAUGCAAAUCAAGAUCCUUUACCUGGCGCUCGUCUAUGUGGUGACAUUUAUUGGUUGCAUAUGGCAUGGAGUUCGGCAACUGCGCCUGUUCCAAGCCAGUGACGUGCAAGACACCAUGAAGGCCUUCGCUGCGCUGGUGAAGGGUUUGCCGUCCAUCGCUGCCUCCGAGGACAAGCUGGAGAAGGAUUUGGCUGAAACGGUCUCCUCCCUGACGGGUGAGCCUGUCGUCGGGGUGUCUGUGUGCUGGAGCUUCAGCGGCUAUAAGGAGCAGGUCAGCGAGGUGUUGCACCAAAACCUUGACCACGAGCAGCCGCACUUGCAGUCUAGCGAGGCUGGUGGGCUCCGACAGAGCGUAUUCAGUGCUGAGACUCUGGUCCUAGCAAAGUUUGAAGGGCCUCAGGACCGCAUUGAGGAAGAAGCUGUGCAAGAGCUGCUGAAGAACGUGCGCAGUAGUUCAGAGGCAUACGUGGUGUUUGAGUCGCGCCUGGCACGGGACAAAGCGCUGCUGGCGCUUGCUCAAGGCUUCUCUUUCCGAGGCAACAAGCUCAGCCUAGCGGCCGCCCGCCAUGAGCCGCGGGGGAUUUAUUGGCACAACUACGGUGGAACGCGGUCCUCCAAGAUGUGGAAACUUCUGAAAGGCCUUGCUUGCAUUGGAGCUGGUCUAGCCAUUUGGGUUGGUGUUUUUUACGUGCCGUAUGCUUGGUCCAUACUUACCUUCAACUACGAGGGUGGCCGGCAGCCCGGAAUCAUUUACAGCCUCUCUUUCUCCAUAAUCGUGGUGAUUGGCAACGUCUCUAUGUAUCAGAUUUGCGCUGCUGUUUCGGACAACGUGGGCUUCAAGUAUAAGGAGACACGUGAAGCUUGUUACAUGGUUCUAUAUUUCGUCUCCGUCUGCUUGAACAUCGUGUUGGAUCUUGUGAUGACCUACUACAUGUCCUUUGCCAUCAUGGUGCACCUGGGCUUCCGAACCCACGAUGGCAUCCCGCUCUCCAAGCUGCCGUUCUUCGUGCAGCGCUUCGAGGCUUACGCAAUUCAGCGUGCCAUGGGUCAAAACCUGUACGAGUACGCUUUUCCGUCCACAUUCCUUCUGCCCUUCCUGGGUGAACCAGCACUUGCCAUCUUUGGCCUCCUGCGCUUGGGCAUGCUCGUGGUUCGAUCACACCCUGAAGUGAGCCCGCGGGUGGCCACGGCACUCCUCGCGGCCAAUGACUUUGAGUUCGGCCGCUACGCGGACUCCUUGCUGAACGUGGCCUUGGCCGUGAUGAUGUUCUUCUUUCCAGGUGGGUACACUCACUGGAUUUUCUUCAUGCUAGCGAUCUCGCAGGCCUACAUUUACAUCUACGAUCAUUGGCGGGUUCUGCGGGUGGUGCCUGCCGCCACUUUCGCGUCCAUGCAGGUGGACUGGUGGUCUCAGGUACUGCUUGCUCCUUGUUGUGCCUUGUUGUCCGCCUGCCUGGUGAUGAAGGGCAACUGCCAGCUGGGGUAUUGCUUGGAGCCUCCUCGUUUGCUCUUGGCCUGUUUGGCCGCUGGCUUGCUGCACUGCGUCUUCCAUCUCCUCCUGCUCCAUUACCUCGUGCCGGCACUGGGCACCACGCCAGUCAAUUCACGGCCCGUUAGCUAUGAGCAGGUAGCUACCACAGAGCCAUGCAGCUGGUUCUCGGCAAACCCGAUCCACUGCAUUCGCUCCAAGUACGUUUAUGGCCACACCCCACCCAGCAGCUUCUUUGUCCCCGGUCAGGAAAGCGUCAUGGAGGUGAACAAGGCCAUCGGCUGCUUCUUUGCCGCCAGAGAUGCGAAGGUGGAAGAGGUCUCAGACUUCGAGAUUCGACUUCCAAAGCCAGGAUGGAGAUUUGCCCUACCUUCCGCACUGACGUGGAAGGCAUCAGAAGGUUCCUGA